GCCACUGCUGAUUGGACACCGCCGCUGUCACUGGCAAGCAGAAGGCAGGCAUGGCUGAGCUGGUGAAGGUCCCGCUGGUGGAUAUAGAUCCAGACGGCACCUUCAAAUACGUGUUGAUACGAGUCAGCUACAGGGAGAAGCUGGAUGACUACAGGGACAUCGUGAGGGGAUACGGCUGGGCAGAGUACCACGGUGAGACCGAUAUCUAUGACCGCGUGGCCUCAGAGAUUGAGAAAGAUCGUGUGCUGGACUGUGAGUGCCUAGGAGGAGGCCGAAUUUCCCAUUCCAGCAGCAGCAAGAAGAUCCAUAUCUAUGGCUACUCCUUGGGUUUUGGUCGGGCCAAACACUCUGUUACUAUGGGGCUGAUCAAGACUAAAUACCCAGACUAUGAAGUCACCUGGUCAGACGAAGGAUACUGACGAGGCAUCGAAUGGCCAUACGGAAUUCUGGGGCACAGUGUUACCGGUCUAAGACCUAAACUACACAGGAGAUUUUAGUCUUCCUAUACACAGUUGUUGCUAUUCAUCGCUUUUGCUGCCAGUCGAUUACAGCGGGUUGCAGAUUAGGUAAUUCUCAUUAACAGGUUAAAUCACUGUGUGAAAUGAAAGGAAGCCUCUACUGAGGAAUUAUGGAAGUAACAAUGCUGACCUGUCAUUAUAAAUGACCAAAUCCCUGGCUGUCAUAUUGAACCAAUUCAACUGAACUAAAUAUGGGAUUCAGGAAUUCUUCAUUUUACUUGGACUAUUCUGCUUGCUUGGACUAUUCUGCUUGCUUUAUCUGAGUCAGUGACUCCAAAGUUAUUGGACAGCCAGGCAGUGAAAAUUUCUGGAUCAAGGUCAUUAAUGGCAGCCUUCGUACUUCAGUUCAGG